CCCAUGGGAUCAGAGCGGAUGGAGAUGCGCAAGAGGCAGACAUCUGUGUCUCAGGAGACCCCAAGCUCCGUACAGGCACCGCCUGAGAUCGGGAACCGAGGUUCCAAUGCCUGCUGCUUCUGUUGGUGCUGUUGUUGCAGCUGCUCCUGUCUAACUGUCAGGAAUCAAGACGAGACAACAGGGGCAGUAUUACAUGAACUCAGAUCAGAUCCCAUUUCAAACUGUGAAGAAAGCUCAACUCCUACUGUUGAAGAAGUAAAGGCCUGGGGCAAGUCCUUUGAGAAAUUGAUGAGAGCACCAACAGGCAGAAAUGUUUUCAGGGAGUUCCUUCAGUCAGAAUUCAGUGAUGAGAACAUUCUUUUCUGGCUGGCCUGCGAGGACCUAAAGCAGGAAUCCAAUGACAGUAUCAUUCAAGAGAAAGUAAAGCGAAUCUAUGAAGAUUAUGUUUCCAUCCUUUCUCCAAAAGAGGUCAGCCUGGACUCCAGAGUAAGGGAAUUGAUCAACCGGAAUAUGCUGGAGCCAUCACAAUAUAGCUUUGACGAUGCACAACUCCAGAUUUAUACUUUGAUGUACAGAGACUCCUACCCUCGGUUUUUGAACUCUGCUUUUUAUAAGGACUUACUUGAGUCCGUCUCUCAAAAAUCUGCAGAAGCGUAGUUUAGACACACCUACACACAUAAAUGAAACUUUGGGCUACCAUCCAUUAAUGUGAUGUUUAGAAUUGAUGGGUACAUAACCUGGAAGUAACUCAACACAUAUUGCAUAUUUUCUUAGAGUGUCAAAAGGGUUCCAACAUGGAAAAAUGUCCAGAACCAUAAGCUAUUUGCAGGGUCUAAUCGAUGUCACAAUGAUGGUCGGUUGGUCCAGUGCCAGUUCUCCAGGCUAACUCCUCACUUUAAAUCUUUGUCUUCUCUGCCACCAGUGCUUCAACUUAACCCAAACUGAGGUAAUCAGGCUUCCCAAGCUCUCGGGGUCUUUAUGUGGGAGUAAGAAAAUAGCCGGUUACACUCCCAGUCUUCCCUGGCUAAGCGAUUACCUCGUCUUCCCUUCUUUCCCUCUAUGACUCACUCAGUAAGCUUAACUCAAAGGAACGACCUGACUAAAUAGUCAUUCCUCCUCCCACCUCCCUCAUUUCCUGUCCUCCCAGCCCUGGCAAGAAGCUCAGCUUUAAGAAUGCAUUUGUGGAAUUCAGUCUUAGAAAGCACUCCUCUUUCUCCAAAAUCAAUGAAAAUUUUGCCUCUGAUCUCAACAAGAAUUGAAUCACAACAUUUCUUGAACAUGAGCAGCAUGUUGGAAGUCAGCAACAAAACAAGGACAAGGAGAAACAGACACAGAAAGACAUUUUCCACAUACAAAUAAAUGAAGGGCAUGGGUUUGAGCACUAUCGCCUAUAAAGUGUUAUUUUAUUACUAGAAUCUGUGGAAUGAAUUUUGAAAGUUGCAUUGUUGAUGUUUCUAGAAAAAAUAAAGAGC